AGAUUCAACAACGCUUUCUUGCAAAUGGCCUGUUCAGCUUUCCUCGAGCAUGAGUUUCAUGUAUGUGUUUACUAUUGAUUCCGGGCUUAUUGUUUUCCUAUUGGUAUGUCGUCGCAUUGUUAUUCUCUUACAACAAGCUAACAACUCUGGCUUUGUGCAUAAAAGCGCGAGUGACAAAUAUUCUAUAGGCUCCAGAUUCAAUCCGUCGUUACUCCUACGCCACACCAGAUGCACUCUUUCAAAUUGUCCGGUCUUUUAUCUUCCCGACCUGUCAUCGUACUGCGAACAAUCGGUCGUGCAUUUCGUCGCACUCGUCCGCUGUCCGCUGCCAGUCGCCUCCCCCAAGAGCUCGUCCUGCAGAUUUUCGAACAUUACAUGCACACCCUUCCAAUGUUACCGGAGGCCCCACAUUUCAGCUAUGUUGGACCAAUGAAAGAAGUGAUUUCACCAGGAGAAUCUGCGUUUUGGCAAUACCAUCACCUCCUGCCCGACCAGCUCAAUCAUUCUAAAUGCUCGACAAAGGAGGCACUAUCUUCUCUACAUACCGUUAUACUGGUGUCUCGUUCGUGGUACCUGGCAGGCACAGAGUACCUUUACAGACAUCCCAUUCUCUUAUCCUAUCGUCACAUCCGUGCGUUUAGCCGCGUCCUCAGCAAGUAUCCCAACGUGCGACUGGCACGGCACAUUUCAGUCUUCUUCCAACAUGAUUGGAAACACAAGCCUGAGUACCUUCUUUCCAUCCUCAAUAAUCUGGAGUCCCUGGAGUCCCUUGUGGUGUUUCACGAUGGUCAUCAGGCCCAAUAUUGCCCGAUUAACCCCCAAUUCAGCUGCACACACGAUUUCUUCUCACGUCUUCGCAAGCUUACACUGUGUGGCGGAUACUACUCCUCUUACGGAAUAAAGCUCCCAUUCCCUAAUCUCGAACACCUUUGUUUAAAAGAUGUCUCCCUCCUAGGCGACGCGUUCUUCGAAUGCGAAUUGCCGCGGUUACACACCUUACAGCUGGUCGGAGUUGUGUACCGGGAUGCACAUAGCACGUUCAAGGCGAUUAGCUUGCUGCCCAGCUUGCGUGUGUUGGAGCUGUACCUCGUCUAUUCGUAUCAGCUUGCGUCCUUCUGGCAACUCAACGACAUCUUCUUCGAGUCUCUGCAGGAGUUGACAAUCGGGGUGCUGGACACUUGCAGUAGGACUCUGGGAACUUGGAGGCUGCCGUCAAACUUGAUCAGGAUGACGUUACUUGUCAACUUGUUACCGAAGGGGGAAGAUGGAAAAGUCGUCGGUAAAGGGUCUUUGCAAGAUAUCAGCCGCUUUCUACAACACAACGCUGAUCGGCUCACGCGGAAGUCGUUCAUUCAACUCCGAAUCGUCUCCCAGUUCAAUUUUUGCGAUGUGGGAGAUGAUCCUAUGAAGGCCGGACAUGCGGAUGCCAAUGCUUUUCUUGACGGAGACACUCCCGAGUUGAAACAAAUCCGUGCUCAAUAUUACCGGAUGAUAGUGACUGCUGUCCGUUGUAGGAUACCGAUCGAGCCCGUGUGGUAUAAUCUCGCAGGCUAUGUCAAUGCAAUGCUUGCACGCGCAUGUAUGAGCGAUGAAGAGAUUCGGGAUGUACAGCAGCGCCGGGAGCUACCCACGUUAAAAACGUCGCUAUUCCAAGACGUAGCAUCUUGAUCUCUCGAACCAUGUAGAAGUAGGCAACAUCGGAUACCAUUUAGACUUUCCAGCAAUUCUAGUACGCUGUCUCACAGGAUAUAGAUAUCGCAUGCCUGUUAACAGCAAUAGCUGCGAGAU